AUGCAUAAGCUAUUCAAGGACGCCCCUUUCUUCGAUUUUGAAGCUAUCCGCAUUCUAGGCACUACCUGCUAUGGCGGAGCAGAGGUGGCCGAGGUUCUGGAAGCCGUCGACCAGAUCAAGAAAAACGAACCGGACUCAUGGGAAAGGGCCUGGCGCAUCCAGGCGGAGCGAGCGGAGAAGCUUGCAGCAGACGCCAUCAAGAGUGGCGAUCGCGACGCUGCUCGAGCUGGGUAUCUCCGGGCCUCCAACUACACCCGCGCCAGCGGAUACAUGUACGUCUCUCAAGCAGAGCUCAGCGGCGGCCCUCUCGUGCAGGAUGCGCGCGCUCUUCCCAUCUCCGAGAAAGUAGGAGAGUUAUUCCAGAAGGCGGUCCCUCUGAUGGAUGGAUCUGUUCAUAUUCUUUCCAUUCCCUACGAGGAGCACGUCCUGCCGGGGUAUUUGUAUCUGCCACCCCCGUCGAGGCGGAUUCCAGGUCGAAAAAUUCCAAUUCUCGUCAACAGUGGGGGCGCCGAUUCGUGUCAGGAAGAACUGUUCUACCUGAAUCCGGCGGCUGGGCCGGGAAUGGGAUAUGCCGUGGUGACGUUCGAUGGUCCGGGGCAGGGAAUCAUGUUGCGGAAGUACGGGCUGGAGAUGAGACCGGACUGGGAGAUUGUUACAGGACGAGUGAUCGACUAUCUUGAGCUGUAUGCGGCGGAGAACCCGCAAUUCGAGCUGGAUUUACACUGUAUAGCGGUGUCGGGGGCGUCGAUGGGUGGAUACUAUGCCCUCCGUGCGGCGGCGGACCCGCGAGUCAAAGCUUGCGUCUCGAUUGAUCCUUUUUACGAUAUGUGGGAUUUUGGCACGGCGCACGUGUCGCCACUGUUCAUCCGCGCCUGGACAUCCGGCUGGAUCAGUGGCGGCUUCGUGGACUGCUUGAUGGCGCUCUUAUCUCGAGUUUCCUUUCAACUUCGCUGGGAGAUUUCCAUUACGGGGACCUUCUUCGGCCUCUCCUCGCCCUCGGAAAUCCUCCUCCAUAUGAAAAAGUACACGUUAUCCAGUGAGCAAGAAGACAAUGACAAGAGCUUUCUUUCCCGGGUGACGUGUCCUGUAUUGCUGUCAGGGGCGGGCAAUUCCCUGUACCUAGAUGUCAAUAACCAUACUCGGCGGUGCUACGAUGCUCUCACAAAUGUGGCUGAACGCAACAAGCAGCUCUGGAUUCCCGAGAGCGAAGGACAGGGGAGUUUGCAGGCCAAGAUGGGGGCAUUCCGUUUGUGUAACCAGCGCACAUAUCGGUUUCUAGAUGAGUGUUUUGGUAUCAUGAGAAGUAGUUUGUAG